GAAAGGUGGAAGAAGAAUGCUUUCGUGUUUUCUUCUCGGCGUUGAGCGCGGACGAGUCACUGCAGUCGGAACGAUGGCUUGUGUUGGGUCUAGUAGGUUCUGUGUCCGGGUGCAAGAGAAACUGUGUCAGUGGGGACAGUCGCAGGGAAGCGCCGUCCUGCAGGUCCGGAGGAAGGCUACGGCGACGUCGUCCACCGUGCCAGUGCACCAGGCCAAGCUGUCCACGUUCAGGAAUAUUUACAGCGCCCAGGAAUGCCAGAACACUUUGGCUGCGUCGGCGGCGGCUGCUGCUUCCGUUGGAAGUCUUCACCCUUGCAGCAGGCCCGAGUUUGCAGCAACAGCGAGGAGUCUUGCAACGAUGAGGACACAGCAACCGGGAUCACUGCCGGAAUACCAAGUAGAUCCUUACCAUCUUCUGGAGGAUGAUCUUAAGGAUGUUUAUGGCUACAUCAGACAAGCUCUUCGCAGGAACACGUACCAAGAAGAGCUGCACGAAAUAGCGACUUACUACUUCGAUGGACAAGGAAAAGCCAUCCGACCGAUGGUUGCGAUCUUGAUGGCUCGCGCCAUCAACUACCACAUGUACAAAGGCAAAAGUGGUUUAAUACCGUCGCAGAGGGAAGUUGCGAUGAUUUCAGAGAUGAUCCAUACGGCCUCCUUGGUCCAUGACGACGUGAUCGAUCAAUCGGAUUUUCGCAGAGGCAAACCCAGCGUGAAUGUGAUGUGGAAUCAUAAGAAGGUGAGGCUAGAGCGUCUUUUCUUUUUCUUUUAUAAAUAAUUAUUACCUUAUUAU